UACAUCAUGUGCGAUGUGUCAGCAGUUUAAACUUCUCAUCUGAAAGUAUAAGAGUAACUCAUUCUUGUCAUGUUUAUCACAGCUUCGCUCGAGAAAAAGAAGCAGGAAAACUUCAACAAGGGUGAAGCAGAAUUGGAGAGAAGACGACUCGAAAUCAAAGAGCGGGAAAGGAAAGAGAUCGAAGACAAGGAAGCGAUGGUAGCAGCUGCUCAGGAACUAGAUAGACAGAAAGCAGAGCUACAAGCCCGGAGACAGCUCGAGUUUCAGAAACAGAAGACAAAGAGUCUGGAAGUGGCUGCUCAGAGGAGACAACAGGAGGAAGAGGUACAACAGACCCUGUACCGUAACAAGAUGGAGACCUGGGCUGAGUCACGAAAACAGCAGCUAGAAGGGCAGUUAUCAAGACUUAGGGAACUAACCACAGGACUUAGGACCAGGAAGUUUCUACUUGACAAGGAGUUGUCUGAUAUGAUGGGGAGACGCGACAAAGCUAAAGCUACGUUGAACGCUUUUGUUGAGGAGAAAUCUAACAUCUACCAGGAUAUCGAGAAGCUGAACCGACAUAGGCAGGAGAUACUAAAGGAGGUUGGUUCAGCUCGUAUGGCAGUGCAAUCGUCUCAGCACGAGCUCGCAACUGUAACUAAUGAUAAACUAAGACUAUCCCAGCAACUCCGUGCGAGACGCAAUCCUGAUGAAAUGAUGAUCAGUAUCUUGGAAGAACAAGAAAAGGGAAAACAAAGUGUGAUAUCUCUGCAGUCUACCCGAUCUGGCAUAGUCAGUAAAACUAACCAGUAUCAGAGUCAGAUUGAGCUGCUUCAGACUGGUUUCACGGACGUCCAAGAGCGAGUAUUGGAGAAGGAGAAGGAGCUGGAGGGUAAAGAGAACCUACUCCGGGAACUGCUGUGGUGUAAGGAGCAGCAGGAGGAGGUGGAGCGUACCCAGAGGGAGGCGGAGAAACAGCGCCAGGUGGAGGAGACACAGAAACGCAAUGAGGAGAUUAAGAAGAUUGAGCUGUCAUUAAAGAAGAGCGAAGAAAAAGACCCCGAACUCGACUCCUUUGAACGAAUCCGGCUCCAAUCGGUCAAAUUCAAUGAAUUCCUCUCUGAAAAAUCGGACGAAGCAAACAAGAACCUAAAGGAAGCAGCUGUUGCCCAGAUGUUAGCCAGUGAAGCGGUGGACGAGCAGCGUGGCAGGUUAAAACAACUGGUGGAAAAAGAGAGGAAACGUCAUGAUUCAGAACGGGAACAGUUCCAAGCUCGAGCCUCUAAUACCCCAAAGAAAAUGAACAUGAACAACAUGCUCAAUACCAGACCUCCUAACACUACCAGACCUGCUGUGAAGCCAGGACACCUCCCUGCACAAGUGAAGGCUGUUGUUGAAGAUAAUCUGAUAUGUCUUGAUACUCCACCUCGACCCAACCCCAAACCUAGGAUAGACUUCCUCGCUGAUCUGACUGAGAUCCUCUCCUCCCCACCUCCUCCUACUAAUCUGGCAGUUUAUUCUACCCAGUCAAAUACUACUCCGGAUAAUAUGUCACAUUACUCUACCAACAAUACUAACGGACAGAAUCCUCCUAAAUCACCUGCAGCAGAGCUCAACCUGAACAACGCACAACUCCUAAACUUGUUUCCAACCACGGAGCAGCUACAGAAAGUUGGAGAGAAGAGUAUGGAGUUGGAGUCAGACGAACAAGCUGAUCAGCCUGAGAUUAUCUACCAGGCGCCGGGUGGGGAGGUGGUUGAUGAUGAGUGGAAUGAUGAAGAUUAUCAAGAACCUGAGAGUAUCUACAUGAAUGUUGACCCGUCUGGUUUAUUGAGUUCCCGAUCCCCCGACCCUGGGCCAACAGAGAACAGGGCACAACCACCAUCGGAUUAUAGUACAACAAACGCCGGUCAUUACAGUGCAACGAACUGCGAUCAGAUCGGCCCGUUGGUGGAUGAUUCAGAUAGCAACAUUGUGACUUCAAGUAACAUUGAGGAGACGGAAGAUCAUAUCUACGCAUUAGCCAGCAGCUGCCUGAAGAAACCAACAGAGAUCUUGUUCGAAGUGGAGACUCUGGUUGAUUACAUUGGAGCUACGGUAGAUGAAUUAUCAUUCUCCAAAGGAAUCAGAAUAUCGGUGUAUGAAGUUAGAGGAAGUUAUUAUUACGGAGAACUAGCGGGAAGAACUGGCCUCGUUGCUCUCAAUCACGUGGAAAAAUGUGAAUGGAUAUACGGGGACGUUAACAUUGACAAAGAAGUUAUAGCAAUGUACGAUUACCACUCCGACGUCGAAGGAGACUUGAGUUUUUCAGCUGGCGAUGUUGUCAAAGUCACUGAAGAGCUUGGAGAGUGGUUCCGUGGGAACAUCGGCGAGAAAACGGGAAUCUUCCCUGGGAACUACAUUCAGAUUCUAGACGAGGAGAUUAAGGAAGUCAGUGGUUCAGCGCCUCCCCCAAGCUCAGCACUUCCUACUGUAGACCCCAAACCUCUUUGCACGGGUGUAAUGGUAGCAGGAUACGUAACCGAGGACGUAGAACUGGACCAGGGCGAGUUGGUCUCCAUCCUAGCUCAACCGGACCUGCUCAACGUUUAUAUCGAGGACAGUGGCGGGCGAAGAACCUGGAUCAAGACAGAGUUGUUAAGGAUCAACCAGGAUCUCGAGGCUCCUUCUAAUGGUCCUAUUGGAGCUGACAGGAUCCCAGCCUCACUGCACUGCUACUCUCUCUACCCCUACUCAGCACAGAACAACGACGAACUCUCCCUUAAGAGAGACGAUAUUAUCACUAUCACCGAGCAGAGUGAUCCUCACUGGUGGAUAGGCCGGUUAGGAGCAGAAGUGGGAGUACUACCUGCCAACUACGUUCAGCAAAUCAACGACCAAGACGCCUGGGAAACUGUAAAAGCCUGGAACGCCAAUCUGUCAGCUGCUGAAGAUGAGAGAACCCGACAAGAGGCUAUACAUGAGCUCAUAUCCACGGAGAAGACCUACAUUGAUGACCUGCUCUUAGUUGUAGAGGUGUUCUACAACCCCCUCUGCUCGGUUGCUACUGACGACGAACUAACCAGCGUCUUUGUGAACUGGCAACAACUAAUCCUCUGUAAUGCCCGUCUCUUUAGGGCUCUAUACAAUAACAGUGAUAUUAACAGCUUUGAGAGUGUUGGAUCUGUAUUUCUGGAAGAGAUCGAUAGUCUGAUAGGGCCGUACACGAAGUUCUGUUCGGCCCAGAGACAAGCUAUGAUAACGUUACAAGAGGGUGUGUCUCACGACUUCAAAGUCAAGGAAAAGGAAUGUGCUGGCUCUCCCAAAGUCGGGAAACUGCCUCUCUCCACCUUCCUGUUGAAGCCAAUGCAGCGGAUCACCAAAUACCCUCUCCUUAUCAAGAAGAUCUUGCAACAUACCAGGGAUACUCAUCCUGACUAUCAGAGCCUCAAAGACUCGCUGACUCGGACGGAGCACCUGUUAACAAGUGUCAAUGAGGCCGUGAGGGCCACAACCCGGCUCGAGUCUCUUCAAAGAGUCUUUGAUAAGUGUUGCGAUGAUUUGGGAGAGAAGGUCCGAUUAAACUCUAACACCAACUGUUUGGGAGCCAGGAAACUCAUUCAUUUCGGUUCGGUUUUCAAGAAUAAGGGAAGCAAGGAACUUUUUGCUAUUUUGUUCACGGACACGUUAUGGAUAACGAGAGUCGAUAAGGGUCGCUAUGGUAACAAACCCAUCGAUAUUGACGCUCGCGAUUUCGAUUCAAUCAAAUUUGAAACUUAUAGAGACCCAUUUUUACUGAACAACGUGUUUCCAACGGAAAGCAACAAAAACUCAGCUGACUUAGCAUUUUCAUUUUCGUACAACGACAGAAACUAUUCAUUUACUUGUCAAACUGCGAAGGAAGCUUCAGAUUGGGUCGACCAUUUGAACGAUGGGAUCAGAAAUGCCACCUUGCUGUACCACUCACAUUAUAAAACUAGUUUACCUGACCCAACCAUUGCUGGCCAAGCUACUAUCACUCUCAGAAUCGUGGAAGGGUUGGAACUAGCACUGCCUCCUGACGAGAAGCCCAACUCCCUGUUCGUCCAAGCUUCCCUGCUCAGCCAUGUUCAGAAAACACCUACUGGGGCUCCUAAAUGGGACCACACCAUUCACUUCGUUGUUGGAGAUGUCUCAACGGACAAGAUCAACAUUACAGUCUUCAAGGAGAACUCAUUUUCGCCCAACGUGUCGUUAGGGAAGUUCGAUCUCAGUAUCCAGAAGCUGCUGAAAACUGGCGGUCCGGGCCCAUGGAACAAGCGACUCAUUCUUACGGACACUAAUAGCGGCAUGGUAAACGUGUGUAUUAUGUUGCGUUACCAUGGCAACAGAUGACCUAGAUAAAAAAGAUUUUUAUUCCGUCAGAGCUAAACAAUUGUUUGUACAUUAAUGAGAUGGUUUGGUGAAAGCUGUUUUGUUACGUGAUAUUAAGGGAUGAUAGAUAAAUGGUUAUAUGUGGUGGUUGAAAGUUAAAACCACUAUUCCAUAUCCACGCUGAAUAAAUGUGAACAAACCAAGUUUUGGUGGGGGUGAGAAAUAGGCCUCUAUCCGUUAUCCGAAAGUUUUAUUUUGCUCCUUUACAUCAUUUCUUGGCAAGAAUUCGUUUUAAACUAAAUCUUUCUCAAAGAUUCUGCUUUUUAUCUGUUCUGUAUUUGAUUGAGUUUCGACUUGAUGAAAUGGUUUUUAUUUUAGGUUAAUCUUUAUUGCUUUGUAUCGUAUUUAUGUUUUUUGCUGAAGUUUGACUUGCAUUUUAAGAUUAAUCAAUAAAGAAUUUUUCUCGUUAAGAUGUAAGAUGAAAUAAAAGGUUGAAAUUUAAUUAUUUUGUACUCGAAAAUGAAAUUAUGUCGUCUAUCUCAUAUCUUCUAGUUAUACCGAUGAUUGUUGACUGUAAGAAUAAUAUAAGAUAUAUGUGAGUGUGUAGCAAUACCGAUAUAUAUUUGAGUAGAGGGCUGUAUUAUACAAUCAAUCUAGUAAAACCCAAGACACGCUGUGUUUAGAUUUUGAAAACUGUUUUUACAUUUCUGUUUUAUGUAUUUUAUUUGCAUACCAACA